AUGGUUCAAUUCGAAUUUCUAGGCCCGCGCUCUAUCAAGCUUGGGCAGGCCGUGACGGUCGGACUAUUUGCUCUGCUCUCAAUAUUUCUCUACAGUCGUGCCGGCAUCCUCUACAUAUUCUACGCCAAUGCACCGACAAGGCUCAUCAAAGUCAACAACCUCCCUCAUCUGGACAUCAAGUUUCAGAAUGUGGUCCGCAAUUGCGAGCAUAUGGUGCUGGAACCCAGUGCCGCGUUCGCCCUUCUCAGCUGUGAUCCCGGCCGAGACACGUGGAACACUGUAAUGGGAACGUUCAUUGACGCGAACUCGCCGCCAGAGACCGGCGUGUACAUCUGGAAAUACGCCGACGCAGAUGCCACAUCGCAUCCGCAAAAGCUGAAACUCCUCGACUACCCCGCAAGCCCGUCCGAUUUUCAUCCGCUCGGGAUCCAUUUGCACUCUGCCUCCAACACCUUGUACAUCGUCAAUCAUGCAGCCUCCGGGUCUCGCGUCGAAGUGUUCCGACUCUUCCCUGCCGAGCAAGCCGCAACACAUAUCAAGACGAUCAAGCACGACCUCCUGGCAGCUCCCAACUCCAUCACUGCCCUGAGCGAGUCGGAGCUCCUGGUCACCUGCGAUCACUACUUCCUUCGAAAAAACCAACCUAUCCUUGCUCAGGUUGAAACGUACACUGGCAUCCCAGGAGGCAGUGUCGUGCAUGUAGACCUGGGGGCCGACGAAGCGAAGAUCAACCUCGUAACACGAGUGCCCUUUGCGAACGGCAUCGCGCAGUUGAACACUACCACCUUCGCCGUGGCAAGUACGAGUACCAACGCCGUCUAUCUUUAUCUUCUCAGCCGGCAUGACGGGCCUCCCAGACUCACACGCACCGCCACCAUUCCCCUGUCCUUCCAUCCUGACAAUUUGAGUGUGGAUGGAGCUGGGAAUCUGCUGAUCGCUGGGCAUCCACAUGGGCCUACGUUUGAGGAAGUGAUGAAGGAUGCGGCUGCUCGUGCCGGUGAUGGGGACAAGACUGACGAGAAGUCUUGGAAGGGAUCCAGUUGGGUUUCCAAAUGGAAUCCUUCCGAUGGAUUAAAGACACUCUAUGUCGGGGAUGAGUAUGGGACUUCCUGCACGGCCGUGAGAGAUUCGGGGAGGAAGCUGGGAAUGGCUGUGGGGUUGUACGAGCGGGGGGUGUUGACCUGGACAGAAUGA